AUGUCCAAGAAGACUCAAGGUCGCAAGAAAAUCGAGAUCAAGAAGCUAGAGAACUCUAGCAACAAACAAGUCACCUUCUCCAAACGCCGCUCCGGCCUAUUCAAAAAAGCUGGCGAGCUUAGCGUGCUCUGCGGCGCCCAUGUGGCCAUUAUAGUGUUCUCUGGAGCAGGGAAGGCGUUUUGCUAUGGACACCCGAACGUCAACGCCGUGCUCGAGAGCUAUCAACACGGUCUUACUUCAGUCGUCAGAGCUGAUCAUGACGAGGCUGCAGGCGAUUUGCUGGUGGUGGAGUGCAACAAAGAGUACAUGGAGGCGGAGAAGGAGUUUCAGGAUUUGAAGAGGAAAGCUACAGAGAUCAAACAAACGGCGAAUGAGAAGAAGAACAUGAUGAAGGCAAUGAAUAUCAGUGAAGGGUUUUGGUGGGAUGAGGCUGUGGAUAUGGUAAUGAUGGAUGAACGGGAUGGGGAGCAGUACCUCAAGGCGUUGGAGGAGGUGAGAGGAAAGGUGGCUGCUAGGGUUCAUGAGUUGAAGAUUUUGAAUGGGAUUAUGACUAAGACCGGGCCGUCAAUUCCUGAGGUUGAUCAUCGGCUUAAUCAUCAUAUGCCGUUCAUGACCGCCGAUACUUAUUUUGGUAAUGGUCAGGAUGUCCAAUUUGGUUCUGCUUAUCAUGAUUUAGGGGUCUAG